CGGCGAUGUGUUUUGACCUGUUAAAUGUUAUAAAUUGCAGUUGGGUUGUUGAAUUCAUACAUGUAGUAAUAAUUACUGUUGUAAAUUACAGCACCUACUGCACUGUAUGGCAACUGGACUGUGCCAUUUCUGUUCUGAAAUCACUGGUGCUGCGCUGGAAACGAACCCAUAUUAUAUCCUACCGAGGUUGCAUAGUUAAACAUUCACCAGUCCUGUAAGCAAAACAAAAUACUGGAGUUGACAGUUUGGUGAAAGUAAGGAAGAUAAGAUACCUUCAAGAUGGCGACUGCAAGGCAAACCACAGAUGACACAGUUUACCGCCUCCACAACUGCACAGCUCAUAACUGGGAGGAAGAGAAACGCAAACACAAGGAUUCGCCUAUUUAUGAUGAUGGAACUCUGUCGUACUUCUGGCGAGCUCACACUAUCACAGCUCUAGUAAUAUUCAGUUGUGUCCUGGUGUACGUUGCCUUGUUUGAGGAAGCAGUUGAUGAUGUAGACUACAAUGUGAAGAGAGGUCUGUCUGCAGUUGUUAUAGCCUUCUUGGUGUUUGGAGUAAUUCACACACCCGAUGGGCCAUUCGUCCGACCACAUCCUGCCUUUUGGAGACUAAUUAUGUGCCUGAGUAUAGUGUAUGAACUUGCCUUAAUUUUUCUACUUUUUCAGCGAGUUGAUGAUGCCAGACAAUUACUAAGAUACUUUGAUGAAAAUCUUGGAAAAGCUAUGCCUGAAAAAAAUUAUGGAGGCAAUUGCCUAAUAUAUGACUCUAACCAUGAAGAUCCAUUUCAUAAUUUAAAGGAAAAAUUUGAUGGUUUUGUUCCAACACAUUUCUUUGGAUGGUGGUUAAAGACUCUUAUUCUUCGUGACUGGUGGCUGUGCACAGUGUUCAGCCUGAUGUUUGAACUUCUCGAGUACACUCUGGAGCACCAGCUGCCUAACUUUGGAGAGUGCUGGUGGGAUCAUUGGAUAAUGGAUGCCCUUAUAUGUAAUGGUCUUGGAAUAUAUCUCGGAAUGAAAACCCUGCACUAUUUGUCAAUGAAACCGUACCACUGGCGUGGAAUGUGGAACAUUCCAACCUACAGUGGGAUGUUCAAGCGUUUGGCAGCUCAAUUCACUCCGUACAGUUGGACAGACUUUGAUUGGAGGCCAACAUCCAGUCUCAAACGAUGGCUGUCUAUGGUGCUCAUCAUAGCUAUUUUUCUGUUGGCGGAGAUGAACACAUUCUACCUGAAGUUUGUCUUGUGGAUUCCUCCCGAGCACAGUCUCUGUCUGGGUCGUCUUGUCUUCUUCCUCUUCAUGGGUGCUGUGGCGAUGAGGGAAGCCUUCCAGUAUUUAGAUGAUCCAAAGUGCAAGCGGUUCGGCCAGCAGACAUGGGUGAUCUCGACGAUCAUCAUCACAGAGUUCCUGAUCGUGCUGCGCUUCGACUGGGAGACGCUGAGCAAGCCGAUCCCACGGCCCAUCGCCUACUUCUGGAUCCUCGGCUUCCUCGGCCUCGUCUCGUGGACCGUGUGGAAGUUCUACAUAAAGCGAGACGUCAAGAACGACGUGCCUAUGAAGGACGAAGUGGACGCCAGCUCGGACGAACUCGGCUCUCAAAACGGAGUUGGCACUCACAACAUGUCGUACUCCAAGUCUAUGCAACUACGGUCCCGGACAAGAAACGGUACAGCUCACUGAAGUUAGCUGACAAUCAAGGGCAUUAUUUUUUCCUUUUUGCACAAAAUGUUUGUGUUUUUUUUGUUUUAUUUCUCAGAAGCACAGUUUGCUUUAUUUUGUUAAUUAAAUAAAAUGUACUUUUUUUUUAAAGAUUCACAGAUGAAAUGAAAAUUAUUUUAUUUCUCUAGUUUACUUAAUUUUGUUUAAUUAAUUAAUAUGUCUUUUUUUUUUUUUUAGGAUUCACAAAUGAAAUUGUAUCUAUUUGCAGUGUAUAUCCCUGCCAAGUCCCGCAUGGAAUCCAUGCCAUCCCUAUAAUAUUUCCUUACUGGGACUGAAUUUUUUAUAAUGAAACUAUUUUUAAAUCCAGAAUUGUCAGGGUCGGCAUGCUUGAUUUGUGAUCUCAUUGAUUUCUUUAACCAUCUGCAUGUUUUUCAUAGCUUCAUGAUCACCUGAUUAGGGUUUUUAAAGUAUCUUGGCACUUCCAUCUCUGACAUUUUUUGCAUCAUCUUUCAUCACAUCUAACCAUAUCUGAAUAACAGUUGCUUUAUUAACUGUAAUACCUCUUGGCUUGUAGAAUAUGCUUCUGAGCCCCAGGAUAAAGUUCUGUGUCCCCAGAAUAUAAUUUAAAAUAUGUACUCAUGUCCAUGCUACCACUUGAAAUGACAGUAGACUUGAGUGUCUCCCAAACUGAAUAAUGAACUGAGGCAUGAAAACAAGACAGGAAAUUGUUAAAUCUAACAGAAAUUAUAUAUAUAAGAAAGUAAUCGUUUUGCCGUUUUCAUGAAUCAGAUUACAACAAACAUGAUUUAAAAAACCAAAUUUGCCUUUGAACAAUUAUACAUGUUAUUAUUUAAAGAUUAACUUUAUAAUAAUGUUAAAACCAGAAAAAAAAGUUUUGCCAAGUUUUUUUCAAAUAUAAGAUGGCAUUACAUAUGUUUUCAUUUUCAAUAAAGGCUAUUUAAAGAAAAUGUACCAUUGAAUAUUGAGGUCAUUAGUACAAUUUCCCUCAUCUUCAGUUGUGUAGUUACGUACUGAUAAUGAUCAAGAAUAACAUCACAUAUAAAUAACAAUGUCAUCCUUGUUUUUGAAUACAUUUUUGAAAGUUUAGCAGCAUAGGUAUUUUUUAAGAUGCUUUUUGGUUCUUACAUGAAGAAAAAGUAGGGAUAACAUGUUUUAUACAUAACUGGAUAUACAAAGUAUACAGUAAAAUAAAUUUAAACUUUACAGCUAAUAGUUCCCAAUUUUGUUAUAAAGUUAAUCUUCAAUUAAAUAUAUUUUAUAUUUGACCUUGGGCUUGUUAAAUGUUUAUUAAUUAUUUUUCAGUUUUGACUUUUUGUUCUUAUAUAUGUAUUUGAAGAUUAAUUUGUCUAAGAUAAAAGAAAUAGCAAGAUCAAAUUCCAUGAUAAUUAUGGUAACUAGAAUACUUUUCAAAUGAUUGUAAAAUAUGAUUAAAUCAGAAAAUCAUCCACUCCACUUCUAAAUAUUAAAAUAGGUACAUGUACACACUCGCAUAUGAAUGUACAUGUACCUAUUUUAAUAUUUAGAAAUUUAAAAGUCUAAUGUAAUUCUUGUUCACACAUUCUGAGGUGCAAUCAACAUUGAAGAAAACCAAACUCAUUGCUCAAUAAUAUUAUUUUUAAACAUUACUUUGCUCAUGUACAGAUGAAAUACAUUUAUCACCUAGCAACGAGUUGCCAAGGGGAAUGUAUGACGCACAGUGUCACUGCUCUACCAAUUACAUUUCUCAUCUGAUUUUCAUAAAACUUUACAUAUAAGAAUAGGAUCAUAUCUUUAACACUUUUGUAUUUCACCUCACUGCGAUAAAGGUCAAAGGUACUAAAAAUAGAAAUUAGACUUCAUUUCUCAUCCAAUUUUCAUGAAACAUUUCACAUACAGGAAUAAGAUCAUGAUAUCUUGGACAAGUUCCUGUUUCGUAUGCAUCAAAUUCAAGGUCACUUGCUAAAAAUAGAAAUUACAAGGUCACUGCUUUACCAACAUCAUUUAAGACACCUAAUACCUUUUGUUACGAAUUAACUAACAAUUGGUUAUUGGAUGUCGCACAUUUGGUCAUUUUGAUACAUGCCUCAUGUUUAGCCAGGAAACAUUUUGCUGACGUUUGUAAACUAUUUAAUUGGUUCCCAACAUGGCCAUUUGGUUUACUGUGAAGCGUAUAAACCAGUCUGGCGGACAUUUUUGUGCUUGGUCUGGCUGAACUCGGCGAUGGUCUAAAGAGGAAACGAGCUAAAUUUUUCCAUUAGUAGCAAGAAAUCUUUAACACAGAUAGGACAGCACAUACCACACCCUUUGAUAUACCAGUUGUAGGGCACUGGUUGGGAUACGAAACCCUCCCCACCCACCAAUAUCAUUGGGUUUGAUCUACGACCCAAGAACCGUACACAAGUUUCCUUCAUACUGUGCUAAAUCCCACCCUAAAACUUGUUUAAAACCCAGGUUCACCUUUCAUUAAAGACAUUCGACUAGUAAUUACUAGUAAUUAAAAUAUUGCUGACCAUAUUGUUCGAAUCUGAAUGUUUUCACUUUCUCAGCGGCUGAAUCCACCGGUCCAGUAUGUAAAAUGGAAAUGCAGUGGUGAUAAUUAUAUUAUAUUUUAUACUUCUGUUUUCACGUGUUCAUGUGUGUGUAAGCCAUGUUCUAUGUGUAGCAUGCCAUUCUGGGCAUGGUGCUCGCCGCUGUGGGCUCUCUAUCCAGGGAAGGUUAUUCUGACAGAGGAAACCUGCUGUUGUCAUAUGGGUUACUCAUUCCAGUUACACUUGAGAUAGGAUGGGUCACAGGAUCAAUCACCCUCAGUGCAAUGUUUGUUUCUUCUCUUUUGUUCUUGUUACAUCCUAGAUUCACUCCUGUCUAUAUCAUUUUGUUUUUUAAUGCAUUCAUGGAAUAAGAAAGUGUUGUUAUUUGGUGGGUGGGUUUUAAUUUUUUAAUUAUUAUAUAUAUAUAUAUAUAUAUAUAUAUAUAUAUAUAUAUAUAUAUAUAUAUACCCAAUAUUGAACAGGGCUAGCUGUGGGUCAGCAGAAUUCUUUUGCCAAAUUACCUAUUAAACUUUAAAAAACAGUAAAAACCAAUACAUUUUUCUAACAAAAUAUCAAAUAUUUUAUUAAAUUAUUUCGCCAAAUUAAAAUACAAUUUGACAAUAAUUGUUUUUGAAAUUUGCAAUUGGCGAAUUUGGUGGGUACCAGAGCUAGCCCUAUUUAAACAAAACCAAAUCCUGUGCAAACAUAGGCAGCUUGCAUGUACUGGUAAUCUAGAUCAAAAGAGCAAAAGGCACAUUAAUUACAGUAACCCUUAUUCUGGAUUGCACAUGUACAUUGUACAAAAUGUAGUACAUGGAGGAAAAAACCCAAACUGUAUAUUGUAUAUAUUUUAUAGUUUUGUACUGUCCAUACUGAGUAUCGUUAUCUGUAGUUUAAGCCUUGAUGCUGUACAUUUAUGAUAGCGUUAUAUAUUUUUGUUAAUCCAUUUGAUUAUUUAUGUUACGUUUAUGUUGGGAUUAUUCAUGAUGUUUUCGGGUUUUUUGUCAUUAUUAUAGAGCAUAAAUAAAUAGGUUCUUACUGUAUACAAGGACAUGUAUCUAUAUACAAAAAUGUAUUACGUUUCCUAUAGAAUAUAUUUUCAUAAGAAUUUAAUCCUAAUUUUCAUUUUGUUUUUUGACUUUUUGCUACAGGAUGUUCUCAGUAAAUUCAUUAAUAUUACAUGUAUUCUCUAACAAUGAUGAUUAACUGAAGUUUGUGUAAUAUUUGUGGAUUACAUUUCAUUCUUGAGUUUUUCAGUUUCAGAAGUUGAAAAGCUAGAAUUAUAUCAUCUUUCCUUUAGUAUUAUGCUGCUGUAGAAUUACUUGACAUGGAUAUUUCAUUAUGAUGUUACUACAUUUAUUUUUACCAUUUGUGACCUUGUUUUGGCAAAGUAAAAAUACAUGUCAAUCUCUUUCGUAUGUGUGCAUAGUGCAGUGCAAGUAUACAGAUGUCCUGUAUAUAGAUAAUAUUAUAUAUAUUGUAUAUUUAUCAAAGUCAAAGAUUUUUUGUGCGAUAUAUGACAUAUAUGAUAAAGUGUUUAUAUAAUGUUUAUAACAGUAUAAUUCCAAUUUAUAAAUACUGUUUUGGUGUUCAGUUACUUGGACUGGUGCAGAACAUAAGGAGCCAAAUUCACAAAACAUUGUAAGUUUAUGUCUUCAAUUAGCCAAAAUACCUGUCAUGUGUUUUACAUGUGUUUGGCAUCCACGUUUCAUGCAGAACGUUGCAUCAUGUUACAGCAGGUGGAUCACUGUAAGGAUUGAAGAAAAAGAAAUAUGUUUGUUUCAAACUAUAUUAGUUGUACUGUUAGUAGUACGGUACAUGUAUAUACGAACUGUAUUUUUAGUCAUAGAUUUACAUUUACUUGCAAAACUUGGCUUACAAUAUUUUGUGAAAUUGGUCCCUGAUAUUUGUAACUGGAUGGACCUCAGUUCUGAACUUAACUUUAUUUACAUGUUCCUAUACCACAAAGGUUUCAGGCAUGGAACUUCUUUCAUCAAUUCUUAGAAAAUAAAAUUGAUAAUUUCAACUGUUUUCUUUAUAUACAGUUAUAAAAUAACUCUGUACAUUAUUUGUUAAUGUUGAAUCAGUAAAUGUUAUGAAUUGUUUAAAAUUGUUAUUAGUGAUGCAUAAAAGAAUGUGAGAAUUCCUUCAUUCAGGUACUGAUGGAAAAAGCUGAACUGCAGAAUAGAAGAUUCCCCUUAUUCUAUGUAUUAAUUUGCAGUCCUCUCGGUUAACUAUUCCAUCUAUGAGCCAGAUGGCGCCUACUUCUAUUUUUUAUAUAACAGGCAUGUGAUUCUUCGCUAAUUGGUGGAAUUACGCUUUUAAAUUUUUCCUUUCAUUCAUUUUCCUUGCAUUCUGCAAUCAAUUACGUGCCUUUGGCAUGCAUGUAUCAUUUUGAGCUUUUUUAGAAAUGUUUCAAUCACAUGCCUGUAUAGAUAACAUGAGAUGUUUUGGUCACCAGAUGAAAAAAAUUGUCACGUAUGCAACCAAAAUGGUUGCAAUGUAGAGAGCUGUUUUUUGGUUAUUUCAUAGUAUUUUACCUUUUGAUGAAAUACUUCUAUUGAACAUCAUAAUUGUUUACGUUCAUGGAGAUAUGAACCACUGAACUGUUUUACACACUUAUAAUAUCAACAGCUUUGUGCUAAUGCGCUACACUGUUCAUACAAUGUUUUAAAGUGGUUUUGUGGUUUCGUACUGCCAUGAACAUCAAACAUGUUCACAUCAGUUUAUUAAACGAUUUAUUUGAGUACACUUACAGAAUUGAACAGACAUGAUUUCUUGUUUUAUUUCAAUGUGGACUCUCACAAAAGGUUUAUCCUUCAUUUCAGAAAUUCCUCUCACAUCUUAAGAGACUGAGAUUGCUUCCAUUGUAACAUGUUUCUGCUUGCAGAGUCUUUUAACAACUAAUAUUUGUGAAUGUCAAAUACAUUUUGCUUUUCAGAAUGUACAUGUAUGUGUCAAUCAGUUCAAUAUCAUUCUGGUCAUUCUAAUAAUCGUACCCAAACUGGAUUUUACCAUCCAAUAAUUUUGUAUGUACGAAGACAUACAUAUUAGGAAAUAAAAUGAAGUUUGGUCAACUACAAACAUUAGGACAAUCAGAAACAUAUACAGAUAUUGAUAUUCUAAAAAGGAAAAUACAUUUAAUUUGUAAAUUAAUUAUUAUAGUCAUUAAAAGGGUUCUUAAGGGGCUUAGCUUGGGAUUUUUAGGUGGUACACAGACAGGUACGCAUACCUUUUUGGUGAACAAGUACAUGGAGCAUACAUACAUUUACAUCAUAUAUUUUAAUAAAAAACUAUUUGUAAUCUCAGGUGGUACGCAGCUGUGUACCUGCAUAUAUGGAAGCUAUGCCCCUGCUCUUGUUACUUUUAAUUGUUAACAUCUUAACAAUGGCUACAAACUCUGGGCAGUCUUACUAAGCCAUAAACAUUUUUUGAAUUGGGUUUUUUGUUGAUGCUUAUUAUAUUGUACAAUUUAUUUUUUGUAAUGAGUGCAUUAAUCAGAAUUAACAUACAUGUACUUAUAUUCAAGUAACUUUCAGUAUGCCGUUCGGGGCAUGCAAUUUGGGUGCCUGUGUUUGCUUUUUGCAAUGUGUAUUUCUGUCAUUGACAGUCUUCGAUUCACAGUGUUAACAUGACAUAUAUUACAUCAAAAAUUAUUUUAACAAGUCUGAAAAGUAAGAUGGCAAGUCAAUUUUGUUACUAUACAAAUUUAAACGUACGUUUGUGGGGGUUUUUUGGACAGUAUUACUCAUUUUCAAAUUAGUUAAAGAAUCUGUUCUUACAUGUAGUUUGCUUUCAUUGUAAGAUGUUUCCAGCUACAAGAUCGAUCCUUUUUGAUAACUAAAAUUAUAUGUUAAAGAUAUUUUCUUGACUGGAAUAUCAGUGUCAGUAUAAACAAGAUGUAUGUUGUCAUCCUAAUGUUUGUAGUAGUCCAACCAGAUUUUACCUCUUAAUAACUUCAUAUGUAUAAAGAAAUAUAUAAGUAAAAUGAUAUAUGACUGCUGCAAACAUUAAAGUAUGGCUGCGAACACUUUGGAUAUGCAGACACUGAUAUUCUGAACAAGAAGAUAUGUUUGAUAUGUAAUUUUAACCUUUUGAAAGUUUUUGUUAGUCAGAAACAAUUUAUAAUAGCUACAUACUCUGGACAGUACCUUUAAUUUGUUAAGCCUUUCUUUUGCCGCAGUUAUUUAAUGUUAAAAUAGAUUAUGAAUUAAAAUAUUUUAUAUCUUUGUGUAUCAGUCUUGACUGUUGAGCAUUAAGCUUUUGACUGGUAUUACUCAGUUUUUUUAUACGUUGCUUUGAGUGAUACCAAGUCAGAUUUGGUCACAAAGAUUCAAGUAUUCUUUACCAAGAAUAUGUCAGCAAAAUGUUGACCAUAGGACUUAUUAUUAUGUGAAACAGAUUACAAUUUUGAACACAAAACAAUUCUAAUGUUUCAUUCCUAUCUGAGAUGGUAUGUGGAAAAUGUUGACCAUAGUUAAUAGGACUUAUUACAUGUAUUAUGUGAUACAGAUUACAACUUUGAAUAUAAAAAGAUUCUGGUGUUUUAAAUCCUUUCUGAGAUGGUAUUUGGAAAAUGUUGAUUAUAUUUAAUGGGGCUUAUUUGUAUGCGAUACAGAUUACAAUUUUUAACACAAAAUGUUUUUGGCUUGUCAGUCCUAAUUGAGAUGGUAUCUGGAAAAUAUUAACAAAACUUAAGGUAUUGUUAUGAUACUAUUAUUAUUAUGAUAUUAUGAUUACAGUUUUGAACAUCAAAAGAUCUUAAUAUUUCAAUCCUAUUUGUAUCUAGAAAAUUUUGACCAUACUAAACGGGGAUUAUUAUUAAUAUUAUACAGAUUGCAGUUAUUGUAAAGAUUUGAGUGUUUCAGUGGUUUAUUUUGCAAUGAGUCCAAGCAAGUGACCAGUACACUCUGAUGUGCCUUAUUCCCAUUUAAUUUUUUUUGAAAUGCCUUAGUACACACACACUUUUACAGUUUUAUUAGAUUAUAUGUUGCAUUUAACACAUAUUUUUUAUUUGCUUAAUUUCAUUAUAUUUUGCCAUUAUUCCACUUAUAGGUUUACCGUUUUAUAUAAUAUUUAUCUCUUUAUAUGUUGAAUUUAGUCCACUCAUAAUGUAGCUUUUUUUAUUAGGUGAUUAGAUGAGCUUUACAUUUUUGAUUAGGUUAAUAACUUGACAAGUUCUUCUUAAACAUUUGAUUAUACACGGCAGAUUUUCCACUGGUCAAGGAGUUUGCAAGCAAGAAUACCUUUGAAUCUGUAUCUUAUGGCAACAUGAAAUGACAACCAUAUUUUUCAUAGAUCUUUAUCUGUUAUUACACUAACUGAAAAGCAGAACAAAAUAAAACUAGCCAAAGAUGGAAACUGAAUUUGUUGAAGGUAGAGGUACACAGUUGUGGAGGGUUGAAGGUAGAGGUACACAGUUGUUGAGGGUUGAAGGUAGAGGUACACAGUUGAGGAGGGUUGAAGGUAGAGGUACACAGUUGUUGAGGGUUGAAGGUAGAGGUACACAGUUGUUGAGGGUUGAAGGUAGAGGUAUGGUACACAAUUGUUAAGGGUUGAGGGUAGAGGUACACAGUUUUUGAGGGUUGAAGGUAGAGGUACACAGUUGUUGAGGGUUGAAGGUAGAAGUACACAGUUGUUGAGGUUUGAAGGUAGAGGUACACAGUUGUUGAAGGUAGAGUUACGGUACACAAUUGUUAAGGGUUGAGGGUAGAGGUACACAAUUGUUGAGGGUUGAAGGUAGAGGUACACAGUGAGUUACGGUACACAAUUGUUAAGGGUAGAGGUACACAAUUGUCGAGGGUUGAAGGUAUAGGUACACAAUUGUCGAGGGUUGAAAGUAGAGGUACACAAUUGUCGAGGGUUGAAGGUAGAGGUGCACAGUUGAGGAGGGUUGAAGGUAGAGGUCCAGUACACAAUUGUUAAGGGUUGAGGGUAGAGGUACACAAUUGUUGAGGGUUGAAGAUAGAGGUACACAAUUGUUGAAGGUAGAGGUACAGAGAAGGUAGAGGUACAGAGUUGUUAAAGGUUUUUUUUUUUUUUUUUUUUUUUAAAAGCCUAUGUCUCUUGUGUGUUAAAAUAUAAAAUAAAAGUGUAAUUGUUACUGUAAUAGAUUUGCUGUAAACAGGAGUGGUCAUACAUGUACAGUGAAACCUCAAAACCCAGACCCUUUGUAAACCGGACUUCCCUUAAAACCGGACGUUUUUCAUGGUCCCUGUUUAAAUAUCUGUGCAGAAGAGAACCUCUGUAAGUCGGAUACCUCUUAAAACCAGACUUUUUACUUGGUCCUGAGCGUGUCCGGUUUAGGGGAGUUUGACUGUACUACCAACUGUCAAGAACUUAUGAACCCAUUUAAACCGACUUUUAAAAAAAGCUACUGUUACCAUAUUAACCCCUGUAAUCAAAGAAAAUUGAAUUCCCUCGCCAUGUACUAACUGUAAUUAGAUUCUCCAUUUCACAUACAACAGGUGCGUUGAUGUGUUUCAUAAUUGCAUUCAGCUUGCACAGAACAGACAUGGAAAUAACUAAUCCAUGUGAUGAAUAAUAAUCUAAUGUGUAAUGUAAACAUAAUCAACCUGCUUGUAAUCCAGUAUCUCAGUGUGGUCAGUUUUAAGCUUUUAGGAAGGACAUAAUUUUUUUUUUUUUUUUUUAUAUAAGAUUGAAUUAAUAUUUUGAGAAAUUUUAAGAUAUGUAUGGGCUGAAGAAUUAUAUUCAAAUGCGAUUUUCUUUCAAUCUGGAGGACAGAUUUGUUUAUUUAAAUAUCUAAUCAAAGAUGGUCUGACCCCCCCGCCCCCCUUUACACCCCCAACCCAUUGUUCCUAAUAUGGCUUGAGUUUAUAGUAGUCGUUUGUAUUUUGUUUCUGUUAAAUAAUUGUAUGUUUUAUAUUGUAUCAAUGAGUGAAUGAUGCUGUUUAUCUCAAACUUAAUAUUUAAAAAAAAAUUGUUGCUUGUUUUCAUAUUCUCAAUUACGUUUGGCUCUAUUGAAUACUGUUGCCUUAUUGCUGGACAUCAUGCUUAUUGCGUGCCAUAAUAUAUUACAUGUUUUGUAUGUGAAUGCUUUAUGUACAUUGGUAAAUACGUAUGUUUGGCACUUCUGUGCAUGAGUCUAAAUUUAGGGAUAUUCCAGAAACUGCCACAUGGGGUAGGGAAAGAAAAGAAUGCUUUAAUUACCCACUGACACAGCUAAAGCUUUACAUUAACUCUUAACAUCCAUCUGUCCCGUGGAACAAAUUUCUCUCCAGUUUUACUUUACUUGUCGUGUCUUAAAUUUGCUUGCUCCACCCAAAUGUUUUUAAGCAUCAAACAAUGUAAGUGAUAUUUCAUUAGACAAGAAAACAUCUUCUCCAUUAAAAUAAAACUUUGUAACAUAGCACAGUGGUAAAUUUAUAAAUAAAUUUAAUUAUUGUUUUGUUAAUAUGAUAGAGCAGAUUGUCCCGGGCAAGCCUAAAUGUAGAACCCUGUCUGACUCGAUGCAUGGCUAGACAUUGACAGGAAGCAAGAGGCAGUUACAACUCAGAUGACAUAAUAUACUUUGUUUAUUCAUAUUAAGAAAUUAGUGCCCGUUAUGUCAACAAGAGGACGGUCAAUUGGUAUUGAUAUUAAAUUUUAUAUAUAAUUUUCAAAUAAAAUAAAAUAAAAUAAAAAAUCAAUAAAGAUAAAAAAAAAUUAUGAGAGUUGAGUUGUAUAAGUACUUGUAGUCGAGAACGGUUUCUCCAUUUCUAACAUGUGUCUUCAAAUUAAAUUUGAGAAACAGAUAUUGCGACCAAUCACUCAAAAUGUAUUUUCAAUCACUGUUAAAAACAUGAAUGAACAAAAAACCCUCUAAACAAAUCCAUCACCAGUCCCUCAAAAUGUAGCGCUAUCUGUAGUGCCAAGAUACAUGGGGAAAACAAAUCUGCAUACCAACCUAGCCCGAGUACUCUGCCGUUCCAGAGCUAGACGAACAUAUGGACGGGUUACGUCUACUUUAGCGAUCAAAACCGUCCAAAUGUCCGUCUAGCUCUCUAACGGCAGAGUACUCGGGCUACAUACCAACCAAUAACAGCAAUACAGGGACGAAUGGUUUUGUUUCUGUACCCCAAUGUGAUAAUUUCAGGAAUACCACUUGACUGUUUAAAAUCAAAGAACUACACGUCAGUAUUGGUAACGAUGUACCAUUCUUCACAGAAAUAUUUUGUAUUGACCCAUUAAUGGUAUUUGUAAUCAUUCCAAGUAGUUUCUGAAUCAAAACAUCUAUAUUCAAACAAA